AUGGACAAUAACGCUGUCUGCAUUGCUCCUCCUCCGAUUUCUUGUAUGCACGCCCCCUCCCAUCUGUCUCGUGCCACUCAACGCAUUCCCCGAUUCCUCUCUCCAUUUCGCUUCGUGCCGACGUCAGCUGGCCCAAGAAUAAACACCGAUACCCCGUUCCCAAUCUUGAUGCAGGUUUUUAUUACUUCCCCGGACAGUGCAAUGCAGCCAAGUGGAAACCAAUCAAACCGUUCAAUGGUUGUGAUGCAAAAUAUGGACGAGUGUCGUCACUGCCAGCUAUUGUCCGUCGACUUCCGUGGACUUCGGCGAAUAUGGUAUCCACCGAGACUGAGCACUUGA